AUGAAACUGGAAGACCUGGAGUCCGCCGUGGUCGUCUUGGAGGAGAGAUACGACGCUGCGGUCACUGGUCAAGCAGCACGCGAAGACCUCGCGCUUGAGCUUGAAGCGGUGCAACGGCAGUGCCAAGUGCACACCGAUCGUCUCCAUGAAGCCGAAGCCGCCGCGUCGCGCUGGAAGUCGCAGUACCAACUAGCACUGCCGGAGCUGGCGUGUAGCAACUUGGAGAAGGAGCAGCUGGCUGGAGAGCUCCGGAAGGUGAAAAAGACGGCGGUGCUGCUGCUCAAUCGGCAGUACGUUCAGCUCAAGACCAUGCGCAAAGCCCCGCAUUCCACUCGAUUCCAUGAAGACGAAACCAAGGCGCGCUCGUUCAACAACGUGGACGUCAUCUAA